UGGCUGCAGCGCAGUCACCACAAUUAUCCUCCUCCUCCUCCGUGACCCUCCAUCCGUCUCCUCUUCUCUGCACCGACAACAAGCGCGUCAACUAACUUUUGCAUUCAGCUUUCGAUCCUUUAUUUGCCUCAUUUGCGCUGUUUGUGUCCUUAUUUCCAACCAUGACCGCAGAGGGAGCGCGUCAGAAGAGGCAACUGGCACACCAGCAGGAUCAAGUGGGCCCCCAGAGCUGAACAAACCCACAUAUCAGCACAUGAAGUGUUGACAUCUCUGAGUCUUUCCCCAUCUGUCACUACAAUGGAACGUUCUUUGCAGGGAUCCUCUUUAAAUGUAUCCAGACUGUUCCUUAACUCCAGCAAUGCCACUGGGAAUUACACCAGUGACCAACUGACUGAACUCAACCUCUUUGAAAUCCUGGGUCCAAAACGGUCUCCCUAUUUCUUCCCAGUGACCUGUGUUUACCUUCUUGUAUUUCUCAUUGGCUUGUCUGGAAAUCUGCUCACAUGUGCAGUGAUAGCGAAGCACAAGAAGAUGCGCAAUCCCACCAAUUUUUACCUUGUGAGCCUGGCUGCGUCGGACCUCCUCGUGCUAUUGUUUGGGAUGCCCUUGGAGAUUUACGACCUGUGGCAGAACUACCCAUUCCCCUUUGGCGAGUGCGGCUGCUACUUCAAGACCUUCCUGUUUGAGACAGUCUGUUUUGCCUCCAUCCUCAAUGUCACGGCUCUUAGUGUGGAGAGGUACAUAGCUGUGGUGCAUCCGCUCAAAACACGAUACUUAUCGACCAACCAGCAUGCCAAACGGGUCAUCACCAUUGUGUGGGUGGUGUCGAUGGUGUGCGCAAUCCCCAACACCUUGCUACACGGCAUCUUCUACCUGCCAGAGAGAAUGGAGGAGUCAGCCAUAUGUACCGUGCUGAAGCCCUUGUGGAUAUAUAAUAUGGUCAUGCAGAUCACAACUGUGUGCUUCUAUUUUGUACCCAUGAUGGUGAUUAGCAUGCUGUACUUAGUGAUGGGCCUUCACUUGGGCAGAGAAAGACAGCAAUCCAGUGGGAGCCUGGGAAGAAACUGUUGUAGCAACACCAGAAGGAAGAUCAGGGUGGAGAACGGGCGCAGGAGACAAGUCAUCAAGAUGCUCUCGAUCGUGGUGGCAGUGUUUGGACUCUGCUGGGCGCCUUUCCACAUUGAGCGGCUCCUGUGGAGUUCUAUCAGCCAGUGGACCGACUUGAUGCACACCAUUUAUCAGUAUGUCCACAUCCUGUCAGGCGUCUUUUUCUACCUCAGCUCUGCAGUCAACCCUAUCAUCUAUAGUCUGCUCUCCACACGAUUCAGGGAGUGUUUCCGGGAACUGGUGUGCUCCCAGACUGAGGACAACAGCUCUGUCAAAGACUCCCCACCUUUCCCUAAGAUUUUACUGGAGCCCUCCCUCUCAAGUUCUAGAGCUCAGACCAAUGUUAGAGAUUCCAAUUCUUUCAUUCCUUUGCUGUCUCCUAACAUGACACUGAGUAUGGACACGGCAGCACUCACGUGUGCAUGUAAAGAGACGGCCUGUAAGACCUCAGUGUUUUAAGAUUGGAUUUAACAACUUUAUAUUAACAGGUUGACAUUUUGGGAUGCAUAUUUAUUUGCUUUCUUGCAAACAGGCAGCCUUUUCUAUGUGGUAAACAUCUAGCUGCUACCACGAGACAUCUGGCUUCGCUUAACAUAAAGACUGGAAACGGAGGGAGAGAGUUGGGGUUCGUUCCAAUGCCUAUACAACUAGACCAUAUAGCAUCCAGAAAAAUAGUUACUAUGUUCCUAUACAUAAGUGUGCAAAAAAUACAAGAGUAUCCUACUGCAUGCUGUCACUUUUGUAGUCCACCAAGGCUGUUCAUUCCCCCAUAUGGCAUUGUCAGAAAUAUAGCAUUCUUUAUUUUUUAGAAAUGCAGCAUGUGUUUAAUAGUUGUUGAUGAUCAGAAAUCACAGCACCAUAGAAUGUGGCCAUGUAGUAUAGAUGUACCCACAAACAAAAUGACCUUGUGCUGUGCAAAGGCGUGUGUUGUGCAUGUCCAUAUUAUGUACGGUUACCAAAUCGCGUGACCUAAAUAUGUGGCAGCGGCGGGAAUUGGUGGGACUUGGAAACACUCCCCAAUUGAAUCAAUUGUUCCUUUUAUCAUUUCCGACAGAUAAGUCCUGAUAAGUCCUCAGUGGUCGAUUUGUGGUAGGAUCGCGAUCAUGUGAUCGUCAGCAGGCAGCUCACGUAGUGUUCACUUGUUGUCAUAGUUACAGUGACAUCGUGCCGCUAUCUCGCAAUGAUAGAGAAAUCUUUAAGAAAUCCGUGGAUCCAGACUAUAAGCUGCAUCACUGUCAAAAUCUAAUCAAUUGGUCCUUGGUCAUUUCUGACCUUCACUGAAAAUUUCAUCCGAAUCUGUUCAUCCGUUUUUGAGUAAUGUUGUGCACAGAUGGAAUAACAGACAGACAAACGUACGCUGAUCGUCACAUAACUCCACCGCAUUCCUUGACAGAGUAAUAAGCUUAAGCUGCCAAAAUGAUUAUAUGAGCAAGAUAGUCAAUGCUUACGGUGUGAUACCACGAGUAAGUUGUAUGUCCCACAUGCACACUGCAUAAAACAUUAUGUAUUUUGUACUCAGCCUUAGCAUGGCUCUGUUCGAAGGUAAUAAAAGUGACUUACCUGGAUGUCUUCACCGCUCUUAUUAAAGCUGCAGGAGGCAGAAAUCAGAAGAAAGCAAAAACAUGCAGACAUCCUCCUGCAGAUCUCCCCUGUCCUUUUUUCUAAGCCCCUCCCAUCACAUGAACACACAUAUCAAACUAAAAGUAAACACUGUAUAAUGGAAAAUUUAUCUACAAGCAUUAAUGCUUACUAAUUAUCUGAAAGCAUUACAUAUUAUUUGUAACAAUACAACAUGUGCUACUUAGUACAUGCAGUCAUAACCUUUUGAUACUUAUAACCUUUGAUACUUGUAACCUUUGAUAGCCUCGCUAAGCUGCUUGUGUCUGAUGACCUCUCAGAGACACCCCAUAAGGUAGAGAAUGCACGAACGGAAAGUACCGUCUGUGCAAAAUAGACAUGUUACCUUCAGCUGAACCUGUCUCUACUACUUGUCUCAAAUUAUUCCGUCUACAGGUGUUAAAACCAAUAUAGCAUUUCUAAGAAACAAUACGAUAUGACAUUCUGCACCUGUGUCUCCACCAGUUAUUUUUGUCUUUGCUGAAGUUGCUUCCACUUCUGCUGGGUUUUUCCCCAUCGUGCAACUGUGGAUGCACGUAGACAACAAUGCUAAAGAAUGAGUAUAUAAUUAGCUGCCUCUCUCAGUCUCUUCGUACUCUGCCAUAGACUGCUCUGCACUCUGUGUGAUUUGUACCUUUGAAGCUUCAGAUAAAACACAGACAACUUGUGAUUCUCAAUAGACUUAUUUCCUAACCAGCCGUUAGGGAGUACAGUAGUGUAGUUUCUUCUCAGAUCACUUGAAUUGCAUUAUGCUGAAAGGUUAGUGUGGAAUUUUUGCCUAAUGAUGCCAAAAACUUUGGUUUCUGAUUCUUUUGUUCAGACACUAGGUGAAUAGAUAGAUGUUAUUUACCUUGCUUGACAGUUUCGGCGAACACUCUCGCCUUCCUCAGAAGCGUCUCACUGACAGCGUGACGUGUCAGCCGGCAGAUUUUGACAGCCGGCAUUUGCGGCCCAGUAGAGUCACCAGAUGCGCCGGGCCAACCCCCUACCCCCCCUUGUAAUGGCAUGUCGUGGUGAGCCCAACGGACCCGACCAUCCCACCAGGCAUGCCCCAUCCCCCGCCGUCCUAUUUCCUCUGGAGUAUGGUGUCCCAGGUGUGGGAGAGCAUGAAGCCUCCCUCAUCCCUGUUCAUGGCUCUCUCCACCCACCUCCUGAUCUCCAUCGCCUCCUUAAUCCAGCGUUUCAGUUUGUUUUCUUCCGUCCCGAUGAUUUUUGCCCCGUCCCAGUCCAUAAUGUGAUUGUUCCUUUUGCAGUGGUCAGACACUGCAGGUUUCAGAUUUUCUUGUAGUGCCUUUUCUUUCUGUGAUCUUGUGAGUUGUGUUGCUGUUUCCUUUUCGCAUUCCUUCUGAUGUUCUUUUUUCCUUGUGUAAAAUGUUCUCCGUCUCCCCGAUGUGUUAUUGCAAGAGUUGCAUGGUAUUUCGUAAAUGACAUUGCACUUUUUAUCUUGCUCGAUAUUAUCUUUUGGGUGUACUAGAAGUUGUCUAAGUUUUAUGUGUGGUUUUCUGGCGGUGCCUAUGUUGUGCUUUCUCAUGGUUCGUUGGAUGGGUUCUGUGAUCCCCCGGAUAUACAGUAAUGUGACUAUGGUUUUAUUGUUGUCGUGUGUCUCGUGCCUGUUUUGUUUUUUGUUGUUUCUUUGCUUUCUGUUUGUUUUUUACCUGUUGUAUUCCUUUACUGAUGGCCCACCUGGGGUACUGGCAGUGUGUGAGUGCCUGUUGAAUGUGUUGCUCCUCCUGUCGUCUGUCCUGUUCUUCUGUGAUGAUGGUGGUCAGUUCAUAUAAAGUUCUGACUACUGAGAGUUUGUGUGUCAUUGGGUGUUCUGAAGUCCAAAGCAGAUAUUGGUAUGUGUGGGUGGGUUUUCUGUAAACUGUGAUUUUUAUGCUGCCGUUGUCCUUGUGGUGGAUGUUCAUGUCCAGAAAUGCCAGUGUUUUAUUAUGCUCCUCCUCAUGUGUAAAUUUGAUGUUCCCCGUGGUGUCGAUGGUGUUGAGGUGGUCUGUAAGGGGUUGUGUGUAUUCAGUUUUGACCUUUUCCAAUAUGUCGUCCACGUAUCAUUUCCAGGGGGUGGGUUUGAGAGGUGGUGCUGCUGUGGUUAUGGCUCUUUGUUCCAGGUCCUCCAUAAAAAAACUGCUCAUUAUGACAGAGAGAGGGCCUCUUAUGGCGAAUCCCUCUUUUUGGCUGUAGAUGAUGUUGUUGAAUUGGAAAUAAGUGGACUUGGCAGUGAACUGUAAUAAGUUGUAAAUGUCUUGUACUGUGAGGUUUGUGCGUUUGUGGAGUGUUUUGUCCUUGUGUAGACGUUCCCGGACUAUGUGCAGGGUAACGUCUACCAGGGUUUUGGUGAAUAAGGAUACUACAUCGUGUGAAAUGAGGAUCUCGUCUGUUUCUAUUGUUAGGUUGCUGAGUUCUUUGGCCAGUUCUUUAGAAUUUUUGCGGUGUUCUGUCAGUCCAAUAAGGGGUUUGAUUAAUUUCUGCCAGUGCUUUGGGUAGGUUGUAUGUGACGUAGCCUAUGCUGUUUACUAUAGGUUGUAGAUGGGAGUCUUUUUUGUGGAUUUUUGGUGUACCGUAUAUUGUGUACCGGCUGUCAAAAGCUGCCAGCUGACAUGUCACGCUGUCAGUGAGACA